AAAACAUAUUUUUGCUGGAGUUUCUUGACAUUUUUUAUGGAACAGGAUGCAGCUUAAGCACAUGAAAGCUUUGCUGCAACCACAGGAUGGAGCAGCAAAAAUAUGUGCCAUUACAUGGUCAGCUAAUAACCAGAAGAUGGCAGUCUGUACUUCAGACCGGGUGGUGCUGUUGUUUGAUGAACAGGGGGAGAAGAGAGACAAAUUCUCUUUGCGACCAGCAGAUGCAAAGUAUGGAAAGAAAAGUUACACUGUGAAGGGAUUGGCAUUUUCUCCAGACUCUGCGAAAAUAGCCAUUGGGCAGACAGAUAACAUCAUAUAUGUAUACAAGAUUGGAGAAGACUGGGGGGAUAAGAAAACCAUCUGUAACAAGUUUGUACAACAGAGUGCUGUGACUUGUAUGAUUUGGCCUAAUGAACAGCCAAUAGUGUUUGGACUAGCUGAUGGAAAGGUGAGAGCAGCAAACAUCAAGACCAACAAAUCUUCAACCAUCUAUGGAACAGAUUCCUAUGUUGUUUCUUUGGCAGCAAAUCCAUCAGGUAAAGGAUUUCUGUCUGGCCAUGCUGAUGGUGCCAUUGUCCGUUACUUCUUUGAUGAUGAGGGUUCUGGUGAUUCUCAGGGUAAAGUCUGCACACAUCCUUGUCCGCCCUAUGCCUUAGCAUAUUCCCAGAAUUCAAUUGUAGCAGCUGGAUGUGACAAGAGAAUUAUUGCCUAUGGAAGAGAUGGUAGAAGUUUCCAACAUUUUGACUUCAGUCGUGAAACUGAUGAGCAUGAAUUUACGACUGCUGUCUGUAGCCCCAGUGGCCAGUCAGUAGUUAUUGGAAGUUUUGACAAACUUAGAACAUUAAACUGGAGUCCUCGGCGACAGAUGUGGGACGAGCCAAAGUUGAAAGAGAUCAGAAAUUUAUACACAAUUACAGCCCUGGCAUGGAAGAAGGAUGGAUCUAGAGUAACCUGUGGAACUCUUUGUGGAGGUGUGGAAAUCUUUGACUGCUGUCUCAAGAGAACCAUAUAUAAAAACAAAUUUGAGAUGACGCAUGUUGGACUUAGUCAGGUGAUUGUGAAGAACAUGUCCAAUCAGAGCCGAGUAGUGCUCAAGUCUCACUAUGGCUAUGAGAUCGAUGAAGUCAGAAUCAUGGGCAAAGAUCGCUACUUGAUAGCACACACAUCUGACACCAUUCUGUUGGGAGAUCUCACAUCCAACAAACUUAGCGAGAUUCCUUGGCAUGGCACAGGAGGAAAUGAGAAAUACUACUUUGACAAUGAAAGUGUAUGCAUGAUUUUCAAUGCUGGUGAGCUAUCUCUGAUUGAGUAUGGGGCCAAUGAAGUGCUGGGGUCUGUGAGGACAGAGUUCAUGAACCCUCACCUCAUCAGUGUGAGACUAAAUGAGAGGAAACAAAGAGGAGUCGAUGAUAACAAGAAGAUUGCCUACCUCCUGGAUCUCAAGACUGUAGCUAUUGUUGACUUGAUCUCUGGUUUGACCUUGGGUCAAGUUAGCCAUGAGUCCAAAAUAGAUUGGCUGGAGCUUAAUGAGACUGGACGUAAGAUGCUGUUCAGAGACAAGAGAAUGAGGCUCAACUUAUAUGAUGUUGAGUCUAAACAGCGGACUACAAUCCUCAACUACUGCUCCUAUGUACAGUGGGUGCCUGGCAGUGAUGUGGUUGUUGGACAGAACCGUGGUAACUUGUGCGUCUGGUACAACAUUGAUGCCCCAGAACGAGUUACAAUGUUCCCACUCAAGGGUGACAUCGUGGACCUUGAGAGGACAGACGGCAAGACAGAUGUGGUGGUCAAUGAAGGAGUGACCACUAUCUCCUACACAUUGGACGAGGGACUGAUUGAGUUUGGAACAGCCAUCGAUGACGGGGAUUUUGAAAGGGCUGUGUCUUUUCUUGAGACCUUGGAGAUGUCAGCAGAAACUGAGGCCAUGUGGAAAACACUGAGCAAACUUUCAAUGGAAGAUCGCCAACUACACAUAGCAGAGAGGUGUUAUUCAGCACUCGGUGAUAUUGCUAAAGCACGAUACAUGAAGGAAACAUUCAGAAUAGCAGAGGAAAUUGCCCAGACUACAGGCGGAGAUGGAUUCAGUAACUACAGAGUUCGAGCGAGGUUCUCCAUCAUGGAGAAGAGGUACAAGGAAGCGGAAGGCAUCUAUUUAGAACAGAACCACGUUGAUGAGGCCAUGGAAAUGUACCAAGAAAUGCAUAUGUGGGAUGAGGCUAUAGAAGUGGCAGAGGCCAAGAACCACCCAGAACUGGAUAAUUUGAAAAGGAGCUAUUAUGGUUGGCUGAUGGAGACUGGACAGGAGGAGAAAGCAGGAGAGGUGAAAGAACAUGAGGAGGACUACAUGGCUGCCAUCAACAUGUACAUGAAAGCAGGCCUGCCAGCUAGAGCUGCUCGACUUGCCACAAGUCGAGAGGAGCUGAUGUCAAAUUCGGACCUCAUCAGCAGAAUUGCUUCUGAGUUAAUCAAAGGAGAAUUGUAUGAAAGGGCAGGAGACAUGUAUGAGAAGAUACAUGACCAACAGCGGGCUAUGGACUGCUUCAAAAAGGGAAGAGCUUAUCAUAGAGCUGUUAAACUGGCACGGAAUUCGUACCCGAGUGAGGUUGUGAAGCUGGAAGAGGACUGGGGAGAUUACUUAGUCCAGCAGAAACAGUUGGAUAAUGCCAUCAGUCACUUCAUAGAAGCUGGGGCAACUAAGAAAGCUGUGGAAGCUGCCAUUAGCUCAAGACAAUGGGCAAAGGCUGUACAGAUUCUGGAGCUUCAAGACCCCUCUAUGUCUGCCAAGUACUACAAGAAAAUAGCAGACCAUUAUGCCUCGAUUGGUGAACUGGAGACAGCUGAGAGAUAUUAUGUUGAGGCUGGUUGUACCAGAGAGGCAGUUGAUAUGUAUAACAAUGCUGGUAGAUGGGAGAUGGCUCACAAGCUGGCAUCAGGUUACAUGAAGGCAGAUGAUGUAGCCACACUUUAUAUCUCACAAGCCCGACAACUAGAGGACCAGGGAAAAUUCAAGGAGGCAGAAAAGUUGUAUGUAGCUGUCAAUGAGCCUGACAUGGCCAUCACAAUGUACAAGAAGAACAAGAUGUAUGGGGAUAUGAUAAAGUUGGUGAAGACACAUCAUCCCGACCUUGUCCAAGACACACACAUUCAUCUUGCAAAGGAACUUGAGACUGACAACAGCCUACGUCAGGCUGAGCACCACUUUUUGGAGGCUAAUGACUGGAAGAGUGCUGUCAACAUGUAUCGAUCUCAGGACAUGUGGGACGAGGCGCACAGGGUGGCAAAGAAUGCUGGUGGUCCAACAGCUGCUAAACAGGUAGCCUAUCUAUGGGCAAGAAGUCUGGGUGGGGACUCUGCUGUCAAACUCCUCAACAAGUUUGGUUUACUGGAAGCAGCAAUUGACUAUGCUGCAGAAAAUUGUGCAUUUGAUUUUGCUUUUGAACUGGCUCGUUUAGCCAUGAAAAACAAACUGCCAGAUAUCCACCUAAAACAUGCCAUGUAUUUGGAAGAUGAAGGACGAUUUGCAGAUGCUGAACGGGAAUUUAUUCAAGCACAAAAACCAAAAGAGGCUGUUCUUAUGUAUGUCCACAAUCAAGACUGGGACUCUGCCCAGCGUGUGGCGGAGUCACAUGAUUCCGACUCUGUAGCUGAUGUUCUGGUAGGACAGGCAAGAUUUGCAUUCGAGGAGAAAGAGUAUGCUAGGGCUGAAUCUUAUUUACUGCGUGCCCAGAGACCAGAGCUUGCUGUCAAAUACUACAAGGAGUCAGGGAUGUGGCAGGAUGCCCUGCGAGUUUGUAAGGAAUAUGUUCCCCACAAGUUACAGGGACUUCAGGAUGAAUAUGAUCGUGAGAUGACUGACAAAUCUACAAGAGGUGCAGAGUCCAUGGUACAGCAGGCACGGGAGUGGGAGUCAUCAGGAGAAUAUGCUAGGGCCAUAGAGUGUUAUCUGAAGGUCACUCCCCAACUCAUCAGUGACAUGAAUGUCGUAGAAAAAUGCUGGGUCAAGGCAGGUGAACUUGCCAUAAAGUUCCUUGGACAGAGUAAAGCUCAGAGUGUGGUGGAAAUUGUAGCACCUAAGUUGGCCGAUAUGAGGAAGCACGGCAAGGCAGCUGAACUUUACCUCAGUGCUGAUCUUAUCAAAGAAGCUAUAGACAUGUUUAUAUCAGGGGAGGACUGGAACAAGGCUAAGAAGGUGGCCAAGGAAUUAGAACCUAGAUUAGAGUCAUAUGUUGAUGAACGUUAUAAAGACCAUUUGAAGAAUCAAGGAAAGGCAGAGGCUUUGGCCAGUGUUGAUGUCGUAGGGGCACUGGAUAUGUAUGCUAACAAGGGCGAAUGGGAAAAAUGUCUACAAACAGCAGAACAACAGAAUCCAAGGAUAUUACACAAGUAUGCUGCCUUAUAUGCAACUGAGCUGAUCAAGGGAGGUGACAGUCGCAGAGCUAUGGAGAUUUAUGUAAAAUAUGGAGCACCUGCUAAUGCCCAGAAUUUUAACAUUUACAAACGCAUAUUCAGCGAUAUAGUAAACACACGUGACCUAAAUAGACCAGAAGCUUACAGAGUUUGGGCUGAUCUGAGAGAUGUGUUCUUUGAUUUGUGUGAGAAUAUGACCAAAUCGCCAGACAGUAACUCUCCACAACAUGAGGAGUUUGAGUGGAUGUUACUAAUUGCUCAUUACUAUGCUACACGGUCUUCAGCCAUGGCCCAUAAAUCUCUUGACAGUGUUGCUACCAAAUUGUCCAUAUCAUUGUUGCGCCACACUGACAUCAUUCCUGCCGACAAAGCCUUUUAUGAAGCUGGCAUGAUGUGUCGGGCCACCAAUCAGGAAAACAUGGCUUUUGUGUUCCUGAACAGAUACUUAGAUAUAUCUGAGGCAAUUGAGGAAGGAUCAUUGGAUAUGUUGGACCAUACUGAUUUCCAGGAUACAGACAUUCCAUUUGAAAUCCCACUUCCAGAGAAAGCUCAUCUGACGAGCCAGCAACAUGAAGACAUCAAAGAAUGGGUAUUAGCUGUGUCUAUGGACCAGAAAGUGGAACAGGUGCUUCCACGUGAUGAGAGGAAUGUGUAUGAGGCCUCACUAGUGGCCCCAGACACUGGCAUCCGAUCUUUGCCUUGUGUCAUCACAGGUUAUCCAGUUUUAAGAAACCAGCUUGACUUCAAAAAAGCAGGAAAGGUUGCAAACAAAGAUGACUGGAAUAAAUACUUAAUGGCUACUAAGGUUUCCCACAGCACAGAACUCCAAGACGUCCUCAAGUUUAUUGGAUUAUGGUGUGGGGCAACACCUAAUCCAACCUAUUCCUUCCAGUAGUAGUCAAAUUUGAUGUCCCAAAUCAUACAUUUAUGAUAUCAGUGUUUAAAAAUAGAACUGUCAUAUCCAUUUUGUCACAACACAUUCCUCAUCUGUACUGUAGAAGUGUUCUUUCUUUACCAAAAUAUUCCUCUUUGUAGCUUUCAAUGUAUUUCAUAAAUAAACAUGUACUAAAAGUGUCGCAUUAUAGAGAUAGAUUUCUGUUCCAAAUGAUGAAGACGAUUUGUCCACCCCUAAUACAACUUACCACAAAAAGUGCCUGUCCUGUUAGUCAAUAUUCUUUCUAACCAUUCAGGAAAUUUUGUAUUCAGUCCUGAAGAUCAUAGAGGAUAAAAAACAAAAUGUUUAUGCUUAUGAUAUUUACUUUUGUCUCUAUUCUAUACGUACUGCAAUUCCAACAAAUUUUGAGCUAAGUUCAUACAGAUCCAAGUAUGAGAAUAUCUUGGAACGAGUAAGUGUUUCAGGAUGCUUGGCCAUGUUGAGGGUCACAGGUACUGUUGAUGGAAACUGUCAUCACUUAAGAUAAUUCAAUUUGAUAGUUUGAAAUUGUGAAUAUCUUGAAUGAGUGUGUGUUCAAGGUGUUAUGACCUGGGUCAAAGUCACUGUCAACAUUUUAUAGAAAAUUGGUAAAAAAUUCAAGACACAACAAAAUUUAUUUUUAAAUAUUAGGAGGUCUAAAGGGAUACCUGAUUAGGCAAGUGGAUACUGUUGAAAAGAGGCAAAACAUAUGUUGUCUACAAGACUACAGUGCUCAUAAUGUCAUGACAGAAAGAAAUGAAAAUGUAUCUCUUGUGAUCAUUUUAUGAAAUAAGAAAGCACUACGUAAAUUUCAUGUCAAGCAAAGGCAAGCAAACUUUCAGGGUGCAUACAUAUCAGGUAUCUUGAAGCAAGUGUGGAUCUCUAAGAUAUAUGUUUAUUAUACAUUUUGUAUAUUACUUGGACUUAAUUAAGAAUUCCAUUUACUUUUCUGCUACUGAAAUAGUACAGGAGGUGUGAUUUUACUGGGAUAACACUGGUAUUUGCUUCUGGAUGAAAAUCACAUAUAUCUCUAAUUCCGUCCAUGAGGAAAAUCUCAUUAACUUUUAUUUCAUUAAUGAACAGGUUUGGAAUAUUUACUUUUAAUAGGCGCUAUGAUUGGA